GUGCACGAUCCUGAGGACGACGCACGUUUGCUGCUUGCGCAUUGCGCAGCCAGCAUUCCUCUGCUCGUCACCGCCAUCGGCCUUUGCGACCCAGGAGAUUCUGUAUCUUCCUUUCUUGCAAUUCCUUCUCACGGAAUUGUUUACUUUGGCCGGACUCUCGCCGCUACGCUUUUAGCGUCGCUGUCAGCAGCCGUCGGUGAGUUUCGUCCUUCGGCCCUUUGCCGGACCCGUCGUCGCAGCCGUCAUCACCAACGCCGUUCCAGCCGCCACCGUCGCCAGUGCAAAGGAGAUCUCUCCAUCCGGUUUGUUGGCCAUCGAAGCAGCGCCACCAGUUUCGUAUAUUUCCACGCAACACGGAUCGGUGGCAGCGGCGUGCUGAUGCAGGCUUCACAACCGGAGGGCCUCCAGUUCAAUUCCAGGCAGCGGAUUCUUCGCUGCCAUGUGACAGCGGCUACGGUGUUGACGGUAAUGUCGCCGCAAUUCCCAGUGGCAGUCGGCGAUAACGUCGCAGACAGGGACAGAAGGGCACUGUCCUGCCACUUACGCUUGUCACAAAUCCAUUUUCUAUUAUUUGGCAGGCUGGUGAGCCUCUGUUCGCCCUCUGUUGGCUUGGCUCGCCGAGCAGCCUUAUCGUUGGAGCUGUCUCCAUCGCGCUCCGUCGUGAGCCUCGACGAUCUGCUGAGCGCUCAGACACAUCGGAACAUUGGCCAACUUUUAUACUGACGCUGAGAGAGUGGACGCACUUCGGGAUUGCUGACCUCUGUUGCCACAGUGCACCGGAUGAGUGUCUUCCUUUUCUCUGGCCAGACUCUUCGCACUCCAAAUAUGUGCGCAUAUAAUUUCUGGGGUUCCGGGACGCUAUUGUUCCUGUGGAUCGUUGGGCGCGUUUGUUACAGACAUCUCUGAGAGAGAAACCGUCCUGUGGCCAACUAUGGAUCUUCUCCUGCGGGAGUUGCGCUUAUCGCGCCUUAUUUUUGCUCCCAGCGCUCACAUGGCCCAUCCUGCUGGCGACGCCUAUUUUCCAUCACGUGAUGCCAGGAACGCAAUGUUUCUGCGCUUUUUAGGGGCUUUAGGUGCGCUCGCGGUGUUGCUUCUCGGCUUCUUUACACCCCUUGCACUUUCUCUAGCAGUCCGUGCAGUUGUUACGGGUACCUUUGCGGGACAGACUAGCUAUAUUAAAAGACCUUCUCCAGGUCUUGCGACUGGUCGCCAUCUUCAGUCGCAAUUGGCAACGUCAGCCAGGAACGCAAAAGUUUUUGGUUCCUGCGCCUGCGGCAUACUAUAUGCUCGCUGCUUACCCGUUUUACAGCUCAGUUUUUGGAGCUCCCUUCAGGUUCUCUAGAUGAGUAUCCUUCCGAAUGCACCUUUGAACUUUGGGGCGGUCUUCGUGCGGGUGUGCGUACGCACAUGUUACGUACAUACACACACACUCGCACACGACUAGCGGUAGUAACCCUGUAGUGGUAGUAACGCUGUAGUGGUGGUAACGCUAUUUGACUCUCCAUCGUUUCCUGGAGUACUGUUAAGCGGCCUGUAACGCUUUAUCGCGUUUGGUUGAGAUUCCUUUGAGGGCCUUUCAUUAUACUGCGCCCCUCUUUUUCUUUUCUCCCACUUCUCGUUUUGCGACACAGCGAGUGCUACUCGGAGGAUCGGUUCACUUUUAGUUUUUAGUGUUUUACGCAUUUUGGUUGUCCUUCAUAGACGAUUCUAUCGCCGUGGUUGAAUCUUGCAGUAGAUUCCGAUCUUGAAGACUUCCGACUAGUAGCAGCGCCUCGUCAUACGGCCGGCCGAUUCAGGCCCCGGCAUUGGCAUUGGACCCGUUCAUCCCCUCUCCGGAGGGCUUAAUCCUCGGCGAUUUUUCCUUGUUGCCACGAAGACUAUGACGUCUGCGGACGACGGCAGCGGGAGCUGGUGACUCUUCGGAAACCCUCGAAAGCCUGUUCAUCGUGUCUCCUUGUGAUACUAGAGACCAACGUCGGUCGUCGCUUUCCUGCAGAUCUCCCAACGAUCGUUGCGGCCUCGCCUCUGAGGAUGUCGCAGUCCGGCACAAUUCCAGUACUCCGGUUCGGUUCGUACGGACAUACAAUCCAUAAAUCGGGUUCGUCAUGUCUGUUUCCUGUGUUCGGGCUCCAUUGUGGCCCUGCCUUUGGCUAUCUCUUUUUCUCAUCUCUUCUCAGGAUUAUUAUCUGGUUUGGACUGCAGAUCGGUAUUUUUUCAGAGACGGCCUGCGGAGUUGCUUGCCUUUGGCAUUUAUUGUCGGCACCCUUGACUACUCUCCGCUCUUUAUCCCUUUUCUGAAUCAGCUCGAACAACUUUCCCUUGCGCCUUGUUCGUGGCGAUACUUUUGCCAGCGUCCGUAGACGCCUCUUUUUUCUAUCUGCUCUCCUCAAGGUUUCGAAUUUCCUGCUCACGGUAGUGGCAGUGCCCAUGUUGCCUUGGCUACGAUGACCACGUCUCAUUCACCCUUCCAAUGGACUCUCCGAGUGGUCUCAUGUUUACCUAUAUGGCUUUGCCACCGAGUUCCUUUCUCUCGGGACGUUUUUCCCCUUCCUGCCCUCUGGGCAGGUCAGCGGGUUCCGACCCCCUGGGAGUCUCACUCCAUUUCCUUAAUUCUCAUGAUGUCGUCAUCUCUCUGCAUGACAAGAGGAUCAUUUUUACCGUUUUCCUCGGUUUGCGGUUUAUUGUUCCACCCGCAAUAUCUUUUUUCGUUUUUUCAUCUUAGCGUCAGGUUGUCGUUCAACCCUUUCCUUAUCUUCGCGUUGAAGAUCACGCGUAUCUUUUCCUUUUUCCUUCUCUGCAGUACUGCUGCCUUCGGACUCUUUCACUCGCCGUUAAUUCCGCAACCGAGAAGGUUAGACAUAUCUAAUGUGCUUCAUUUUUUGAUUGUAUAUUCAGCUCUAGGUUCUACGUCUUUUUACAGGACUUAGCUUAUAUCUCCUCAUAGCUCGUAUACGCGGCUACAUUGCCGGAUCUAUCCAGGAUUACCUGCCCAGUCAACAUCACCAUAUGUUUGGCGCUACUUUUCGGCAGACGGUGGUCCUUUGGAGCUAUAGCAACAAGGUCGCACGAGUGAGUUCUGAGUCUUUGCUACUCAGCCCAGGAGUUGUUUGGUAUCCUCUUUCUUUUUUCACAAGGUGCGAUUUUGUCAUUCCAUUUUCCGCUGGCACAUGUGUGCAUAGCACCUGCAUGGCGGCAUUGCUCUUUUAUUCUUUUCUUGCCGCCAACCUUUAUUUUUCUCCGGUUCCUAUUUUGGUUCCCUACUUUGGGCGUCCUGUUCUGCGGCAAAUCGCUGCUUUAAACAGCUACAUAGUUAUUCCAUCCAGACGAGACCUAAGGAACAUAAUUGUAUGAUUGAACGAACUUACUAAGUGAAAUUCGAUCCUAAUUAUGUCCUUGGUCUCGUCCGGAUGGACCUCCCUUCCUUUUUUAUUUCGCCCUCCCAGUUUUUCGCGAUUUGCCUAAUUGAAUUUUCUUUCAACUUAUGAGUACACGAGGUGCGCGGCGCGCGCAGCAGCGCCAGACGCGCCGCGGCAACGCGGGACGCGCGAGGUGAUGAACCGCUUUUUAUUUUGGCGGUUCUUUGAACACUGUUGUCGAGGUGCGUGCAGGAGCACGACUACAUAGUUAUUCCAUCCGGACGAGACCAAGGACAUAAUUAGGAUCGAACUUCACUUGGUAAGUUCGUUCAAUCAUACAAUUCUUCAUAACUCUAUAAUAAACAAGCGAUAGCUAAAACUUUUUGCAAUUUAGUCAGAGCCAUAUUCUUGAGAAUAUGUAUCAAGAUCAUUGAAAUCGGUGAAGUCGCCUCUGAUCUGAACUUUACCAUCAAAUAUAAUAUUAUUUCCUUAUCUUUCAUAUAUAAAUUAUAAUUCUAUUUAUAAAUUCGAUCGCAACACAAAAUUAUUAUCUAUUACAAUUGACUUCUUUAUCUAAAUACUCUUAACGACCAACUAAUAUUGAAAAAGAUAUUGAGAAAUGAAAUAUAUGUACUAUCAAAUGGGAUGGAAAGUAAAUCAUCCACUAAUUAUUUUUUAUAUUUGUUUCUAUCUUAAAAGUUUCACUCACUCGUGUUUCGAAUCUAAAAAAUUAACACACAUUUACAUAUUAUAUACAUUUUUUAUGCACUCGGUACGUUGUUCAAUAUACAAGAUACAAUAUACUAUUGACCUUCAGAUAAGGAAACCGAAACUUCUUUAAUUAUUAAACAUAUUCAUGAACAAUUUCUAUUUAUUAUUAAUUAAAUUAUACUAAACUAUAUUAAUUAAAUUGUAAUUGUAUUAAAUUGUACCGUUAGAAGUUAUAACGUCAGUGAUUGCAAAUGAAGGUAAGGGUUUAUUCCGCGCUUGGUAAACUUGAAUUUGAACGAGUCUAUAUGGUAUUAUAAUAUUUAUCUCAAAGAUAGUUAUCACGAUUUGUGCGUCAACUCUUGCGUCUCGACGAGUAGUCGUAAGUAUAAUACACCUGUAGCGCCAUGCAGAAAGUCAGUCGUAAGUAGACUUCAGAAAACUCAUCAUGGAUAAAAACAUGGAGAAAGAGAAAGUUAAGAAAACAAUGUGGCCUCAAUGGGUCGCUGGUAUCGGAGUUAAUCUUUUAUUGCUGCAACUGGGAAUGAUGGUUAGUUGGAGUUCACCGUACGUCGCUUCUCUAACUUCGGAUGAAGGCCGCUUUCAUAUAACAAUGCACGAAGCCUCGUGGAUAAUUUCGCUGUUGAAUUUGGGUAGUCUAGUUGGCGCUAUUACCGGUUCUAUCACUGUCAACUAUUUCGGUACCAAAACAACCAUUCUCAUCACCAGUAUGCUGUUGGCCUUCUGCUGGCUCUUUACGAUCUUGGCUAAUCGAGCGGAAUGGUUGUAUGCGGCUAGGUUUCUGGGUGGCAUCAGCCUCGGAAAGAUGUACAGCAGCUUUUCGCUUUACUUAGGCGAGAUCGCAGAUCCAAAAAUUCGUGGGGCUUUGGUCUUUCUAGCUAUGAGUGGAGUACCGAUAGGCAAUUUAAUAAUGUGCAUCAUGGGCACGUAUUUAAAAAUGGAAAUUUCCAGUGGUAUAAGCCUCAUACUCUGUGUCAUACUAAUGGUUAUUUUCAUCUGGCUGCCGGAAUCGCCGCAUCAUCUCGUUAAGAUCAAGUCGGAUGAGAAAGCGCAAGCGUCGAUACUCUGGUAUCAUCGUGACUGCGAUGUGGAUUCGGAACUACAGUCUCUGAAGAAGUUCAUCGAGAUAAACAACAGCCUACCCUUCAUGGACGUCCUAAAGGAAUUCAAAUUUCCGCAUAAUUGGAAAGCGUUACUUCUCGUGGUGACGCUUCUUAUGUACAGUCAAAUGUGCGGCCUGAACAACGUGAUAUCUUACAUGGAAACCAUCCUGCGAAGCUGUAGAGUGACCGUUAUAAAGCCGGCAGUAGUCGUAAUUAUUGUCACUGCCUGCGGAAUCGUCAGCUCUCUAUUCUCCAUGUUGCUGAUCGACAAGUGCGGUAGGCGGGUACUGAUGCUCACUUCCACCUCUUCCGUCAUCGUCUCAACAGUUUGCCUAGGUACGGAAUUUCAACUACUCGACUUAGGCUAUGACCCUGACAAACUCCAGCCACUUCCGAUUUUCGCGAUGAUACUCUUUCAAGUAUCCGUUUUUAUCGGCAUCUUAUCGAUACCCACGACUAUACUUGGUGAAGUCUUUCAACCUUACAUAAAGUGCGUAGCCAGUUGUUUCGCUAGCAUCGCAGCCGGAAUUUUCUCCUUCAUCUCUGUAGCGACUUAUCAGCCUCUGGUCAAUUUAAUCACGGAAAAGUACGUGUUCUACACCUAUUCCCUGUUGCUGUUAACCGCCAUACCGUAUACGCUUCUGUGCAUGCCCGAGACCAAGGGCAAGACAUUGCAGAAAAUUCAGGAAGAGUUGACGAAGAAGAGUUGAAUCUGUUUGAAUGUAUUUAUCGGACUGCUAAACCCAACGGUAUGCAUAGAAAACUUGUGAUGCGAUUAUUCAUUCUCUCAUGUUCGUCGCGUAAAUUACGUACAACGUCGAUGUCGGUGCCAACCAACGCUGCCGCGACUACUGAUCUGACAAAUCUGAUUGCUUGUAAUAUUUUUAUUAGCUAACAAAGUGAAAUUACCACACAAUAAAGAUUAGCUAUGAAGUGAUA